CCGCAAGACCUGGCCCGAGGUCUCCGCACGACCCUCCCCUGCUCUGAGCCGCCGCCGGCCUACUCCUCUUCGUCUCUCCUCGUCAGUUGUCGUGCAACGACCGGCUGCAGGGUGGCCUCGCUGGAAGAGAGCACCGAUGGCCGUGGAUCUCGCCUGGGACGACGAGGACCAGGUCGCCCUGCUCCUACAGUCCUAGCACAACGUUGCACUGCCCCACCCCACGACGCCGUCUAUGUCGAUCUGAAGCCCGCCGUGGACGGGGACGAGCUGAGAGUGGAGAUGGGCCACGGCAGCGACGAGGGGGAGGCGGCACGGUAGAGUCAUGGCGGCCAGCCCCCUGACGGAGGAGGUGGUAGAGUUGACGGAGACGCACACCAAGGAGGACCUUGCCGCCUACCUCGCAUCUGGGUGUACGCCCAAGGAGAACCGGAGGUGAGAAGCUUCGGCAUGGUGCUACUUGCCUACUGCUACUUACUAUUUGGAAUUUGGCGCAGUGUUUCGGACUGGAUUCGGUCAUCACCAUCAGCCGCCGCAUCACGUCAAUGUCCAUCUUGGCGACACCAAGGGCUCAUGUCCGUCGCCGCGGAAGCCGCUAAUCCAGCCACCGGCUCACCGGUGCCACCCCACCCCAAGCUCUCUAUUGCAUUUCUGCUUGUCCUGGCACCAACUACUGAGUGCCGAUGGAGACGGUGGAGGAGGACGUGGAGGAGUACAUCUAGCUGGAGGGAGGUGGUGCUGUUGCGCCUCAUCCCGGUGGUGCCCCAUGCCGCGCUGGAGCUCGAGCGCGAGACCAAGGAGCGGUGCUGCGGCAGGGACCUCCUCAUCACCGUCGACUUCAGCCCAAACUGCAGGAACUCCUUCCGUUGGGCGCUAGCGCACCUCUCGCGUCUCGCCGACACCCCCCACCUCGUCUACGCCGUUUCCAAUUGUGCCUUGAGAUUUUGCCUCUUCAUUUGCAUCUUGAUCAAGGAUAGCUUAAGAUCUUCAAUUGCACGCAGUGUUUCUUUCAGAAUGACUCUUCUAACACAACCUAUGGAAGCAAUACAGUUCUAG